AUGGAAGUCUUCAAAAGACCUAUGUGUUUAAUAAGUGUGGAAAGAAAAUACGUUUUAAAGAUAGAAGACGAUACCCUCCAGCAGAUAUCAAAAAUUGAUUGGCCGAUGGUUGUUGUGUCUGUUGUUGGACUUUACAGAACUGGGAAGUCCUAUCUGAUGAACCGUUUAGCUGAUGCAUCUCAAGGGUUUGCUCUUGGUGACACAAUAGAAUCGAAGACUAAAGGCAUAUGGGUGUGGUGCAAAAUUCAUCCGAAAAAGAGUAACACAGUUUUACUUUUGCUGGACAUGGAAGGACUUGGUGAUGUUGAAAAG